AGACGGUCCGCGCGGUUCCCGGCUGGGCGCGUGCGCACUGGAUACACCAUCUGCGCGCAAGCGCGCGCUGCGGGGCGGAAACAAGUCCCGCAACACGUGGGGUCUGAGGCGAUGGAGUGGGCAACGCAGACUGACACCAAGGUCCGCACAGAGACUGGGACGGAGUCUGGCCCUCGCGGGCCAGGGUGCAGCCUCCGGCACUUUGCUUGCGAACAGAACCUACUCUCCCGGCCGGAUGGUUCUGCCUCUUUCCUGCAAGGUGACACCUCCGUUCUGGCGGGUGUUUACGGGCCAGCCGAAGUGAAGGUCAGCAAGGAGAUCUUCAACAAGGCGACACUUGAAGUGAUCCUGAGGCCGAAGAUCGGGCUACCUGGUGUGGCAGAGAAGACCCGGGAGCGACUUAUCAGGAACACAUGUGAGGCCGUGGUGCUGGGGGCAUUGCACCCCCGCACCUCCAUCACCGUGGUACUGCAGGUUGUCAGCGAUGCUGGUUCUCUCUUGGCCUGUUGCCUGAAUGCCACCUGCAUGGCCCUGGUGGAUGCAGGUGUGCCCAUGCAAGCGCUCUUCUGUGGGGUCACCUGCACCCUGGACUCUGAUGGGGCCCUUGUGCUGGACCCCACAGCCAAGCAAGAAAAGGAGGCCCGAGCAGUCCUGACCUUUGCACUGGACAGCGUGGAGCGGAAGCUGCUGAUGUCAACCACCAAGGGACUCUACUCCAACGCUGAGUUCCAUCAGUGCCUGGCUGCGGCCCAGGCUGCUUCACAGCACGUCUUCCGCUUCUACCGGGAAUCACUGCAGAGGCGUUACUCCAAGAGCUGAGGCCGGCUGGGGCAGGGUGGCCCUCCCACCGCCACCACCUAAAGCAAACCGCAAACCAGCCUUGCUGCUGCCCCUGUGUGCCUGCGUGAGCCUGGGCUCGGGAGCUAUAGGAACCUCUGCAGAGGACAGAGCUGCAGCCCCUGGGCCCAAGGCAUAGACCCUCUCCCCAUGAGGAUAACAUCAAAAGGCACUCGCGUUUAUAGAGUGAGUGAGUCCCUGUUCGAUCACUCUAACAGAAGUCUGUGGAGCCCCUUCCCGCAGGUUCUGCCAGAUGCCGAGACACUGGCGUGAGUCAGAGCCCCCCAUGCCCUGUUUGGGGAGCAGUGGGGUGAUGACAAAUAAAAUGUGUUUGUCAGGUG